AUGACUCUCCGCUGGUAUCAAAGUGUCCUUUCCGGACCUGGUUCGCCAAAAGUCACCUAUGCUAAACGCGCAGCUGCGGCAAACAGGAACUCGAUAGGUAGAGAAUCAGACUCGGCGGCCCCCUUCUACUGUCUGUACGCGCUCGGCAGCACUCUUUUUGUAUCUCCUCUGGAUCUUGGCUGGACUCUGUUGGGCUUGGAUCUUAACUAUGAUCCGACCAUCGAAUACGAGCUCGAUACUGCUGCUGUCCUCUCGUAUACACUUAGGCAGGCAGGCUUCACGAAGCCUUUUAACUUGCGUCAGAGCCAAGACUAUAGGAGAAGUCCAACGCUGGGUCUAGGCAGCCAGGCAGUUCUUUUCUUCCAAAUCCCCUCCCAAAGAGAACUAUUAGUUCCUGAUAACCAGCUGCGAUACUAUUGCUACGUCCUGGGCCGUUGUCCAUACACUUCCUCAUUGACGCUCAAAAGAUAUUUGUGUCGGAACAUCGCAACGUCUCUUCGAAAGAGACAGAUCUCUGUAUUUGCUAUUUUUGAGAGAUAUAUGUCCAUGACCACUGACGGAUCACAAGUCGAGAGAGACUCUCUCUCGUGGCGCUACGGGGUCCUCUCGCCGUCACUUGCUUCUGCCCACCAUAAGUGGCACAGUGUGCGACGUAUCGCAAUAAUCUCCUCCCUCUCCGCAGUGAAUUUUGGCCUGGAUCGGGGUGAAGAAUUCCCCCGGCAGUCCGGAACGGGCGAUCCUUCUUUGGUCCAGUUUUGUAUUAAGCACGAUGGUUUCGUAGCCGCGUUCAGAGAUAUCUUUUUCGGUCGAUACUGGAGUCGAUCACGGACAUGCGGUACUCUACUUCUCAGCUUGUGGGAGACAUCCAUCAUCACAUUCAUCCAAGCCAUCAUCACAUUCAUCCAAGCCAUCAUCACAUUCAUCCAAGCCAUCAUCACAUUCAUCCAAGCCAUCAUCAUCAGAAGAUCUGACGAGUGGGCUCUCCUGUUGGGAAAAGUAACAUCGUCGCGCUGGAUCACUAGUAUAUCGCCGCGCAAAGAGAUUGAAUUAGUGGAUCGACUGCACCACCAUACCGGCGUUGUUGACCUAGAUUACACCAUACUGCCUCUUGUUCUCGCCAGUGGACAGAAGGCGAUCAGAGGCAAGGCCGGGACUCGCGUUUCACUCUACGAUGAAAGAAAGGUGCAGGCUGAGGCGUAUCUGGACGCUGCCUUGUUCCAGACCAUAUCGCGAACGUCGGUGGGAAACUCGAGCUCUGCUAGUUCUAUGUAUGUAUUGUGCGCUUUCAGAAGCCCAAGAAGAGGCUUGACGACCUGCACGGGGAAUCCGUUUAUCUAUGCAUAUAUUGCGCCAGUGACCUUGUGCACCGUCUGGUAUUGCGUUGAUCGCGAUUGGAGACGCGACGGCGUGACCGUGACUUGCUCCAUAUGGAAGGAGGAUACCGAGGGAUUUUCAGAGAGAAUUAAGCAGUCCCGUCCAGCUGCCCGUCGUCAUUCAACACGUACACUGUACCUUCUAUACAAGGACUCCAAACAGGUACCGCCCGGUGCCGAAUACGUGAAGAAGGUAUUUCAGAAGACCACGAUAACUUCUAGCGUAUCCGAUGACGGCUUCCGAGGUACUGUCAUCUCCUUUGACGAUUCGGGUGUCGACUCAAGGGACCAUCAUAGCGAGCAGAUCAGAUAA